AUGCGCGGCGCAACCAUCCUCAAAGCCAACGAGGACAAGACCCGGCAGCUGAACAAACACACCCUCAUGGCAUACGUCGGAGAAGCUGGCGAUACCAUCCAAUUCGCAGAAUACAUCCAAGCAAACAUCCAACUCUACUCCAUGCGCAACUCCACCGACCUCACCCCAUCCGAGACCUCCUCUUUUGUGCGCACCGAACUCGCCCGCUCCCUCCGCUCCCGCUCCCCGUACACCGUCAACCUGCUCCUCGGCGGCUUCGACCCGCGCACAUCCAAGCCGGAGCUCUACUGGAUCGAUUAUCUCGCGAGCUGUGCGCCGGUGCCGUACGCCGCGCACGGGUACGCGCAGUACUAUUGUUUGAGUAUAUUGGAUAAGCAUCAUCAUCCGGAUAUCUCGCUGGAGCAGGGGAUGAAGAUUCUGAGGAUGUGCACGGAUGAAUUGAAGAGACGGCUGCCGAUUGAUUUCAAGGGGGUGGUGGUGAAAGUGGUGGAUGGGGAGGGGAUACGGGAGGUCGAGUAUGAGGAUGGCGGGCAGGUGUUGGCGCCGUAG